AUGGCGGACGCACUCGCCGGCGGCGGUAUGGUCGGCCAGUUCCCGCUCGAGCAAUGGUUCUACGAGAUGCCGGUGUGCACACGAUGGUGGAUGACGGCUGCUUUGAGCGCGAGCUUGCUGGUACAAUGCCACAUCGUGUCACCCUUCCAGCUGUUCUACAGCUUCCGCACCGUCUUCGUGAGAAGUCAGUACUGGCGGCUCAUAACGACAUUCUUCUACUUCGGCCCCUUCAGCCUCGAUCUUCUGUACCACAUCUUCUUCCUCCAGCGGUACUCGCGCCUCCUCGAGGAGUCGUCUGGUCGAUCGCCAGCCCACUUCUCAUGGCUUCUUACUUUCGCUUCGACGCUGCUGCUAUGCAUGGCUCCGUUGUUCUCCAUGGCCUUCCUCGGCUCGGCUCUUUCCAGCACACUGGUUUAUAUCUGGAGUCGCAAGAAUCCCGACACCCAACUCAGCUUCUUGGGCAUAUUCAUCUUCAAGGCGCCGUAUCUGCCUUGGGUGCUCCUGUGCUUUUCGCUGAUCAUGCACGGGACGGUGCCCAAGGACGAGAUGUGCGGCAUUGUCGUGGGUCAUAUCUGGUACUUCUUCAACGAUGUAUACCCGCCGCUACACAACAAUCACAGCCCCCUUGAUCCACCUGCCUGGUGGAUCCGUCUCUUUGAAGGCCCACCUCCGCCUCCAGAGCCUACGGAGGAGGACCUUACAGACCUGACAGGUCAGCCCGUCGAUGGCACCGAUGUUGAACCGGAACCCAUACCCGCACCACAAUAG